GACCUGGCCUUAAAAAUUCUCCCUCAUCCCACAAGACGGAACGAGCAAUCUGCCAGCCUUACCCUUGAGUUUGUUUUUCAGCUGAGGCUAACAGGAGAUGGAGAAAGCAGAGAGAAGGGAGUCUGUUCCUCAGGCCUCAGUGGAGAAUGGCAUCGAGAACCCAGGGCUGGAACUCAUGGAAAGAGGAGAUCCUGGACGAAGUGAAAAGUUCGAAGUGACACAGAGACACAGCCUGAAGGAUGGCCUGGGAAGGUCGUCUAUAUGGCAGCGGAGGAGUCUGCAGCCUUUCAUCAAGGCGAGAAGUUUCUUUGAAAGACAUGCUGUUUUAUUCAAGAAAAUCCUUCUCGGUCUCUUGUGUUUAGCUUAUGCUGCCUAUUUCCUGGCAGCCUGCAUCCUGAACUUCCAGAGGGCGCUGGCGUUAUUUGUCAUCACAUGUCUUGUAAUCUUCGUCCUGGCUUGCCACUUUCUGAAGAAGCUCUUUGGUGAAAAAUUAGUAAGCUGUCUGAAGCCCUUUAAAAACUCCCGCCUGAGAAUUUGGAUGAAGUGGGUGUUCACAGGAGCCUCUGUGGUCGGCCUUAUCCUGUGGCUGGCUCUCGACACAGCUCAAAGGCCAGAGCAGCUGAUCUCCUUUGCAGGAAUCUGUAUGUUCAUCCUCAUCCUGUUUGUCUGUUCCAAACACCACAGUGCGGUGUGCUGGAGGACAGUGUUUUGGGGCCUGGGCCUUCAGUUCGUCUUUGGGAUUUUGGUCAUCAGAACGGAACCCGGAUUUAAUGCAUUUCAAUGGUUGGGAGAUCAGAUCCAGAUUUUCCUGGCUUAUACUGUGGAAGGCUCCAGUUUUGUUUUUGGUGAUGCACUGGUCCAAAAUGUCUUUGCUUUUCAGUCCUUGCCAAUCAUUAUCUUCUUUGGAUGUGUGAUGUCCAUUCUCUACUACGUGGGCCUUGUACAGUGGGUGGUUCAGAAGAUCGCCUGGUUUCUGCAAAUCACCAUGGGUACCACUGCUGCAGAGACCUUGGCCGUGGCAGGAAACAUCUUUGUGGGAAUGACAGAGGCACCUCUGCUCAUCCGUCCCUACCUUGCAGACAUGACCCUCUCUGAAAUGCAUGCAGUGAUGACCGGAGGCUUUGCUACCAUUGCCGGCACUGUGUUGGGAGCCUUCAUAUCCUUUGGGAUUGAUGCCUCAUCCUUGAUUUCUGCCUCAGUGAUGGCCGCCCCGUGUGCACUUGCCUUGUCCAAACUGGUAUAUCCAGAAGUAGAAGAGUCCAAGUUCAAGAGCAAGGAGGGAGUGAAACUGCCCCGUAGGGAAGAGAGGAAUAUCCUGGAGGCUGCGAGCAAUGGAGCCACAGAUGCCAUAGCCCUUGUUGCUAAUGUUGCAGCCAACCUGAUUGCCUUUUUGGCUGUGUUGGCCUUCGUCAAUGCUACUCUUUCCUGGCUGGGGGAAAUGGUGGAUAUACAUGGGCUCACUUUCCAGGUCAUCUGCUCCUAUGUCCUUCGGCCCAUGGUUUUCAUGAUGGGUGUAGAGUGGGCAGACUGUCCACUAGUGGCUGAGAUAGUGGGAGUCAAAUUCUUCAUAAAUGAAUUCGUGGCCUAUCAACAACUGUCUCAAUACAAGAACCAACGUCUCUCUGGAGUAGAAGAGUGGAUCAAUGGCGAGAAACAGUGGAUUUCUGUGAAAGCUGAAAUUAUUGCAACAUUUUCGCUCUGUGGAUUUGCCAAUCUUAGUUCCAUAGGAAUCACAUUGGGAGGCCUGAUGUCAAUGGUGCCCCAGCGGAAGAGUGACUUGUGCAAGAUUGUGGUCAGGGCCCUCUUCACGGGUGCUUGCGUUUCCUUUAUCAGCGCCUGUAUGGCAGGAAUCCUCUACGUUCCCAGGGGAGCUGAAGCUGACUGUGUCUCAUUCCUCAGCACAAAUUUCACCAACAGAACCUACGAGACCUACGUGUGCUGCACGGAGCUUUUCCACAGUACGUCGCUGAACGGCACCAACGUGCCUUCUUUCUCGGGUCCCUGGGAAGACAAGGAGUUCAGUGCCCAGAGUCUCGCUAGCUGCUGUGGCCUCUAUAGCAGCCCUGUCUGUGCAUGAGGCUGGGGGCAGGGGCACUUCCACGACAGUUCUUAUAGAACACACAAAGCUUCCAACUCUACAAGGACCACACUAGAAUCCACAAAGUGAAACUCUGGGCUCACUCUAGCCCUGUAUGAAAAUCAGCACCCACUUCUCCCCUGGAGUGCAGCACACCAGAUAGGAAUCUCCUCAUAGGCCCUCCUGAGCCAAAUUAAUGUAGCUAAGGGGAUAGUAUCUGUGUGGAAAGGGCCAAGAUGCAGGCUCCAUCCCUGGCCAGGUCCGGAAUGGGGAGAGCGAGGAAAUCAAAAGUAGAUGCUUGGAUUUAAAUCUGGAAUGGUGGCACACCCCUGUAAUGUCCUAACGGUAAGCCACAGCUGAGGAGGAGUGCCUCAGAAUCAGGGCAAGUCUGGUUUACAGUGUGAGAUACUGUUUCAAAAACACCGGAACUCAAACGUGUUUCAUAAAAGUGAUAUAGGAUAUGAUGAAUCCUUGGGCAGAGAUGGAGGUGAGGAACUAUAUUUCUAAAGUUAUAGAUGAAAUGCAUAUGAAUAUUUAAUGAUAACUUUUUUUGU